GUCUUGUUUGUGUUAGAUCCACUGGGUUAGAUCUUAGAGAAUUUAUUAGUUCCUUCAUUCCUUGGUUUGGAGUAUGGGUCUGAAUUUCUGAGCUUACCUAGAUCUAGAGAGGAGGCGACUUAGCUAUCUAUAUUUAGAAUUAGAUCUAGAUUCCAGUUUGUGAAUGCACACAUAUCAAUGUCAACAUUUAAAGGAUUCCUAGUUACUUUUGUUUUCUUUGUGGCUAGUGAAAUAUUGUACAAAUUAUAUCGUAGACGCCAGAAAACGACCAAACAUGGGAUUCGGAAGAACGAAAGUGAAAGGUUAAGCAAGAGUUCUCUGCAAGUUCUAUUUUUUCCUGAUAAAAAAAUUGCAUGUAAUUCCUUUUUUCUUUCAAGCAGUGGGUGCUUAAGAGAUAACUGUCAAUAUUCUCAUGAAAAGACCUCGUUAAGUGAGUUAUAUAAGCAUAUGACAGCCUGUCAAACGUCCAUGGAUAUUUGUGUAUAUGUAAUUACAUGCAAAGGUUUGGCAGAUAUCCUCUCCGAUCUGUAUAAAAAUGGAGUAAAAAUGAGAAUUAUUACCGAUAAAGACCAGUUGUCUUCCUCUGGCUCAAAGAUCUGGAAUCUAAGAAAAGAAGGCAUACCUGUGAGAGUGAAUGACAGUUCAUUUCUCAUGCACCACAAAUUUGUUAUAGUGGAUGAAAAAAUAUUGAUUAAUGGUUCCUUCAAUUGGACAUACCAAGCUAUCACAGGAAAUCAAGAAAAUGUCAUAAUCACUGAUGACAUCGCAGUGACAUCUUUAUUUAAAGCUGAAUUUCAAAGACUGUGGGAUGAGUUCUACAAGCCACUGACACAAGAAGAAGAAAACCAAAUAAGUUUAAGACAAUCUCGCCCUCCCCUUAAAAAGCAAGAUUUUUCCUAAUGCUAAAUCCACUAGAUUUAACUAUUGAGUUUUAUAUCAAGAUUUAUAGCUAAUGAAAAUGUUACAAUAGAAAUUUUUAAGUUAAUAUAUUAAGCUUUAAUGCUGAAAAAAUUUUAUAUGUAAUAUACCCUAGCCCAAAUGUUACUUUUUUUUUUUGUUAGUACAAAUUUCUUUUCUUUUUUUGUCAAUAAUAUAUUUAUAAAAACAUUUUAUAACUAUUUUUCUUCUAAAUUCUUAUUUAUAUGUAUUAAUAAACUAAGCCUCUAUAGUGCUGCAAAUGAAUACCAGUACAAAAUACAAUUAUCCUUACAAUUAUUUUAAACAAAUUAUUGCUGAAAGGAAUUAAUUUGUACUAAAAUGGCAUUGUAAAAGUUUGGCUCUAAGUAAAGUACUGGUAAUGAAAAAGCACUGGUUCAGAAUGAAUUUGUCAAACAGCCACAAAUACACAAAUAAAAAUGCUAUUUUAUAGAGUUAAGAAUUUUUACUUGUUCAUUUUUUUUAUGUUGCAUCAAAAUAGAGUAUUAAAUGUUACAUCAGAAGUAUAUAUAUAUAUAUUAAUUGAUUUAUCCUAUUUAUAUUCGUGUUUCUUCCAUGCACAUUACUUUGGUAUAAAUUAAUUAUACCAUAAUCAUUCUAAUAUUUCCUAUUCUUAUUUUAUAACAACCAAUAAAAGUUAAAAUUGUAAGUCUCAAAACAUGAAAUAUACUUCUUUUGCCUUCUUAUGGUUACCUAUUUUUUUUU